AUGGCUUCACCGCCGCCGGCAGACGGUGCCAAUGGUGGCCUCACUGACCCACUUCUAGUGAGCGCGAACGGCCACGGUGCCUCCCCGAGGAAUGCUGCCCACGGCGCCAAGGGCAAGUACUGGGUGGCCUCCGACAAGGCCGAGAGGCGGGCUGCCAAGGAGGCCGGCGGAGAGGACGGCCGCGCGCUGCUGUUCCGGAAGUAUAAGGUCAAAGGCUCCCUCCUGCACCCCUACAGGUUGCUGAUCAUCAUCCGAUUAAUCGCUGUCCUCGUCUUCUUCGCAUGGCGCAUCAGGCACAACAAAUCUGAUAUCAUGUGGUUUUGGACAAUGUCCAUCGUCGGCGACGUCUGGUUCGGCUUCUCGUGGCUCCUCAACCAACUCCCAAAGUUCAACCCCGUCAAGACCAUCCCAGACCUUGCCGCCCUCAAGCGGUACUUUGACUUCUCUGAAGGCACCUCUAGGCUCCCCGGCAUUGACGUUUUCGUUACCACAGCCGACCCCAUUGAUGAGCCCAUACUCUACACCAUGAAUUGUGUCCUCUCCAUCCUCGCUGUUGACUACCCAGUCGACAGGCUUGCCUGCUAUCUCUCAGAUGAUAGCGGGGCACUGAUUCUCUAUGAAGCAUUGGUCGAGGUCGGAAAAUUUGCGCCUCUAUGGGUUCCAUUCUGCCGCAAGUACUCCAUUGAGCCAAGGGCACCAGAAAGCUAUUUUGAGCAUGUGGCGCCACCGCAGGCUGGAAGGGUGACGCAGGAGUUCUUGAAUGAUUAUAGGAAGGUGCAAAUGGAGUAUGAUGAGUUCAAGGUGCGCUUGGACAACCUCCCUGAUGCCAUCCGUAAGAGAUCUGAUGUUUAUAAUAGCAUGAGAGCUGCAGAUGGAGAUCAAAAGGCAACUUGGAUGGCAAAUGGGGCUCAAUGGCCCGGCACAUGGAUUGAUCCAACAGAAAACCAUAGAAAAGGACACCAUGCUCCAAUCGCCAAGGUUGUGCUGAACCAUCCAAGCAGUGGACAACAUCAUGGUUCACAACCCAUCACUGAAAGCAAUCCCAGCAUUGGCACCACUGACGAGCGCCUGCCAAUGCUUGUUUAUGUCUCUCGUGAGAAGAACCCAAGUUGUGACCACAACAAGAAGGCAGGUGCCCUGAAUGCACAACUGCGGGCCUCUGCUCUCCUCUCUAAUGCACAACUCGUCAUCAACUUUGACUGCGACCACUACAUCAACAAUUCUCAAGCCCUAAGCUCGGCUGUGUGCUUCAUGCUAGAUCAACGAGAUGGUGAUAACACCGCUUUUGUUCAGUUCCCACAGCGCUUCGACAAUGUUGACCCCACGGACCGCUACGGUAACCACAAUCGUGUCUUCUUUGAUGGGACCAUGCUUGCCCUUAAUGGUUUGCAAGGACCCUCAUACCUCGGCACUGGUUGCAUGUUCCGUCGCUUAGCACUCUAUGGUAUUGACCCACCCCACUGUAGAGCAGAAAACAUCGCAGCCGAAGCUAUCAGGCUUGGUAACUCCACAAUCUUCCUAGAUUCAGUGUCAAAAGCCCUAAAAAAUGACAGGUCAAUCACACCACCACCAAUUGAUGACACAUUCCUCGCUGAGUUAGAGAGGGUUGUGACAUGUUCUUAUGACAAAGGUACUGACUGGGGCAAGGGUGUAGGGUACAUCUAUGACAUAGCCACUGAAGAUAUAGUAACUGGAUUUCGCAUCCACGGGCAGGGGUGGCGCUCUAUGUAUUGCACAAUGGAGCAUGACGCGUUCUGUGGCGUUGCACCAAUCAAUCUAACUGAACGCCUCCAUCAAAUUGUGCGAUGGUCAGGUGGGUCUUUAGAGAUGUUCUUCUCCCACAACAACCCAUUCAUAGGUGGUCACCGGAUUCAACCCCUUCAGCGUGUCUCCUACCUCAACAUGACAGUCUACCCAGUCACAUCAGUCUUCAUCCUGAUCUAUGCUCUAAGCCCGGUGAUGUGGCUUAUCCCCGAUGAAGUAUACAUCCAGAGACCAUUCACUAGGUAUGUCGUGUACCUUCUCGUAAUCAUAGUGAUGAUUCACAUGAUUGGCUGGCUUGAGAUAAAGUGGGCGGGGGUCACAUGGCUAGACUAUUGGCGCAAUGAGCAGUUCUUUAUGAUCGGCUCAACAAGUGCAUAUCCAAUGGCAGUGCUGCACAUGGCAGUGAACCUCCUCACAAAGAAGGGCAUACACUUCAGGGUCACUUCCAAGCAAACAGCCGCAGAUGACAAUGACAAGUUUGCUGACUUGUACGAUUUUAGAUGGGUGCCAAUGCUCAUCCCAACAAUGGCAGUUCUGAUCUGCAAUGUUGGCGCCAUUGGUGUAGCCCUGGGCAAAACAGUGGUAUACAUUGGAACAUGGACAGCGGCAAAGAAGAUGCAUGCAGCAUUGGGUUUGUUGUUCAACAUAUGGAUCAUGUUUCUCCUCUACCCAUUUGCACUAGCGAUCAUGGGGCGGUGGGCGAAGAGGCCAAUCAUCCUUGUAGUCUUGCUGCCGGUUGUCUUUGCACUUGUUGCGCUGUUGUAUACCAUUUGGAUUUUGGCCCCAUACAACCCAACUCAGCUUUGCAACAUCUACAUGGUUGUGCUGGAUCAUCCAAGCCAUGGACAGCAUCAUGGUUCACAACCCAUUACUGAAAGCAAUCUCAACAUUGGCACCACUGAUGAGCGCCUCCCAAUGCUUGUUUAUGUCUCUCGUGAGAAGAACCCAAGUUAUGACCACAACAAGAAGGCAGGUGCCCUGAAUGCACAACUGCGGGCCUCUGCUCUCCUCUCUAAUGCACAACUCGUCAUCAACUUUGACUGCGACCACUACAUCAACAAUUCUCAAGCCCUAAGCUCGGCUGUGUGCUUCAUGCUAGAUCAACGAGAUGGUGAUAACACCGCUUUUGUUCAGUUCCCACAGCGCUUCGACAAUGUUGACCCCACGGACCGCUACGGUAACCACAAUCGUGUCUUCUUUGAUGGGACCAUGCUUGCCCUUAAUGGUUUGCAAGGACCCUCAUACCUCGGCACUGGUUGCAUGUUCCGUCGCUUAGCACUCUAUGGUAUUGACCCACCCCACUGUAGAGCAGAAAACAUCGCAGCCGAAGCUAUCAGGCUUGGUAACUCCACAAUCUUCCUAGAUUCAGUGUCAAAAGCCCUAAAAAAUGACAGGUCAAUCACACCACCACCAAUUGAUGACACAUUCCUCGCUGAGUUAGAGAGGGUUGUGACAUGUUCUUAUGACAAAGGUACUGACUGGGGCAAGGGUGUAGGGUACAUCUAUGACAUAGCCACUGAAGAUAUAGUAACAGGAUUUCGCAUCCACGGGCAGGGGUGGCGCUCUAUGUAUUGCACAAUGGAGCAUGAUGCGUUCUGUGGCGUUGCACCAAUCAACCUAACUGAACGCCUCCAUCAAAUUGUGCGUUGGUCUGGUGGGUCUUUAGAGAUGUUCUUCUCCCACAACAACCCAUUCAUUGGUGGUCGCCGGAUUCAACCUCUUCAGCGUGUCUCCUACCUCAACAUGACAGUCUACCCAGUCACAUCAGUCUUCAUCCUGAUCUAUGCUCUAAGCCCGGUGAUGUGGCUUAUCCCUGAUGAAGUAUACAUCCAGAGACCAUUCACUCGGUAUGUUGUGUACCUUCUCAUAAUUGUCGUGAUGAUUCACGUGAUUGGCUGGCUUGAGAUGAAGUGGGCGGGGGUCACAUGGCUGGACUAUUGGCGCAAUGAGCAGUUCUUUAUGAUCGGCUCAACGAGUGCAUAUCCAAUGGCAGUGCUGCACAUGGCAGUGAACCUCCUCACAAAGAAGGGCAUACACUUCAGGGUCACUUCCAAGCAAACAGCCGCGGACGACAAUGACAAGUUUGCCGACUUGUACGAUUUUCGAUGGGUGCCAAUGCUCAUCCCAACAAUGGCAGUUAUGAUCUGCAAUGUUGGUGCCAUUGGUGUAGCCCUGGGCAAAAUAGUGGUAAACAUUGAAACAUGGACAGCGGCGAAGAAGAUGCAUGCAGCAUUGGGUCUGUUGUUCAACAUAUGGAUCAUGUUUCUCCUCUACCCAUUUGCACUAGCGAUCAUGGGGCGGUGGGCGAAGAGGCCAAUCAUCCUUGUAAUCUUGUUGCCAGUUGUCUUUGUACUUGUUGCCCUUUUGUAUGUAGGUCUCCAUGUCUUACUUGCCGGUGUAAUUCCACUCUAG